AUGUGCCACUAUACUGGUGCCUUUGCCGCGGGCGCGGCCGUGACCGACCUGGCGCCGGCGGCGGUGGCGGCCGACACGGUGGACGAGGCGGCGGCAGAGAGCUUGCGGACAGUACUGAGGACGUCGCUGGAGAUCAUUGCCAAGGCCUACGAGGAGUAUGGGCCUCCAUCUCCGCCUCCGCAUGCACAUACCGAUGACUGCGCCGCAUCAUCGGAGGUCCCUGGCUCGGCGUGUGCAGCGUCGGCGGGGCUCGACAAUGAAGCUGACCUUGCCCUCUCGCUCUCGUUCAACGGCGGGAAGGACUGCACUGUCCUGCUUGCCCUUAUCGGCGCCGUCCGCUGGCUAGCAGCCGCGCCGAGGGACAGGGCUGGAUGUGAGGGCGAAGCAGGUGUCGGCGGCAUGCCCUCCGUCACUGCCAUCGGGGAGGUCAACUCGUGGCAUUCGGCACAGGCGCGGCACGCAAGAUGGCAUGCGGCGUAUCUCAAGACGCGCAACCCGUUUCCUGUGGUGGAGCAGUUUAUCGAGACCGCUGUCGUGUGGUCCGGCAUUGAGCUGGAGGCUGUGCCGAUGGCGAGUCGGGAGGAGGGUGGGAUGAAGGCUACGCUCGAGCGGCUGCUCAACGGGCAUCACGCGCUCAAGGCCAUGUUCAUGGGCACUCGCAGAGGCGAUCCAUACUCGGACCAUCUCGAGGCCUUUACCGCCACUGACGACGGGUGGCCUGCCCUCAUGCGCGUCUUCCCGCUCCUUCACUGGAGCUACAAGCACGUGUGGGACUUUCUCAGACUCUUCCGCGUCCCCUACUGCGAGCUCUACGAUGACGGCUACACCUCGCUUGGUGACGUCCACAACACGCUCCGCAACCCGCAUCUGCUCUCCGAUUCGGACUCGGAGGCCUACCUCCCCGCAUAUGCCCUCACAGAUGACUCGCAGGAGCGCUCUGGGCGCUGAUAUGCCUACCGCCCUCCCCAUCUCCCGCGUUCUGCCAUGCCUGCUCCCUGUCCACGCCCUGCCCUCACUCUGGCCACAAUUGACCACAUUACCAAUCUGUCCGCCUUUGAUCCGGCCACACCUCGGCUGAUCCCCCUUCCCCUCUGAUCACCGGCCACGCCUUGGCCUUGUCGCGCCACGCCCCACCAUCCCUCUGCACCCAACGAGGCCACUACCCAUCACAAACACCAACACCAACACCA